AUGGUGACAGGCUCUGCGCUGCGCUCCCGCAGCCGGGACCGAGCCGCGACGCCCCCCUACCCGGCGGCGGGCGGGCGGCGUGGCGGGGCGGCGGUGCUGGCGCUGGCGGUACUGUCCGCCCUCUGCUACGGCAACUCCUUGUGGGGCGAGUUCGUGCACGACGACGUCUGGGCCAUCGUGAACAACCCCGAUGUGCGGGCAGCCGCUCCAGUGGCCGCCGCCUUCGCCAACGACUUCUGGGGCAAGCGGAUGGCCGAGAACACCAGCCACAAGUCCUACCGGCCUCUCUGCGUCCUCACCUUCAAGUUAAACAUAUUGCUGGCUGGUAUGAACCCCUUCUAUUUCCAUGCAGUGAACAUAAUUUUACACUGCCUAGUGACUCUUGUGCUGAUGUACACUUGUGACAAAGCUGUCUUCAAGGACUAUCGACUCGCUUUUGUCACAGCGCUCUUCUUUGCUGUGCAUCCCAUUCACACUGAGGCUGUUACAGGCAUAGUAGGCAGAGCAGAUGUCCUAGCCUGUCUACUCUUUCUGUUGGCUUUUCUCUCCUAUAAUAGGAGUGUGGAUCAGCUUUAUGUUGGGGAACAUUUCCCUCCCACUGCCUCCCCAUUCUUUUUGCUGCUUAGUUUAUUCCUUGGGACAUGUGCAAUGCUGGUGAAAGAAACUGGAGUCACUGUGUUUGGUGUUUGCUUGGUUUAUGACAUCUUUUCCCUCUCCUGCAAUGGAAUCAAACUGAGAAAUGAGGGCAUCCACCAGAAACCUGCCUGGCAGCCUGUGGCUUCUUCCUCUGCCUCGCUGCAGGUCUCUCUGGCUGGCUGGGAGAACAGGAAGCAUUGCUUUGCUCACCGGGGCCCCUGGAGCUCCUGCCACCCAACACCGCCCGAGGAGCAGCAGAGCGGUGACCUUUCUGUGCCCAGCAAAGCUCCGUGGGCCAUUUGGAGCUACCUGAGUGAAAAAAACAACCAGGAUUUCUUAUAUAUUGCAAGGCCUUUUUUGAAGAGAGCUGCUUUGGUGAUAAGCUAUGUGAUUCUUGUGUUGUAUUUCCGCCUGUGGAUAAUGGGAGGAUCCAUGCCAAUGUUUUCAGAACAGGACAACCCAGCCUCAUUCUCACCGUACUUCCUGACGAGGUUUCUAACUUAUUCCUAUCUUCUGGCCUUCAAUGCGUGGCUUCUGCUGGCACCAAUCACUUUGUGCUAUGACUGGCAGGUUGGCAGCAUCCCUUUGAUCGAGUCCAUCUGGGAUGUGAGGAACUUAGCCACAGUGUCCCUGGUGCUGGUGAUGACAUUACUCAGCCUACACUGCAUAGCUGCAUUCAAGAAACUGGAACACAAAGAAGUUUUGGUUGGCUUGUUGUUCCUGGUUUUCCCAUUCAUCCCAGCCAGCAACCUGUUCUUCAGGGUGGGAUUUGUGGUGGCAGAGCGAGUCCUUUACAUGCCGAGUAUGGGGUACUGCAUUCUUUUUGUCCACGGUCUCAAAAAGCUGUCUACAUGGUUCAAUAAAUGGAGAAUUACUGUCCUGACCCUCUUUGCUUUACUGCUGCUGCUCUUUUCUUGGAAGACCGUGAAACAGAACGAAAUCUGGCUGUCAAGAGAGUCCCUUUUCAGCUCAGGAGUGAAGACUCUGCCCCAAAACGCCAAGGUGCACUACAACUAUGCCAAUUUUCUGAAGGACCAGGGCCGUAAUGUUGAAGCAAUCUACCACUACAAAACUGCUCUCAAGCUCUACCCUCGUCACGCAAGUGCUCUCAACAACCUGGGGACGUUGACCAAAGACAUGGUGGAGGCAAAGGACUACUACAGACAGGCCCUGCAGUUAAACCCUCAGCACAACCGCGCACUCUUCAACCUCGGCAAUCUGCUCAAAUCCCAAGGGAAAAAGGAGGAAGCUAUCAUCUUACUGCGAGACUCCAUUAAAUAUGGCCCAGAGUUUGCAGAUGCUUACUCAAGCCUGGCCUCACUGCUGGCUGAACAGGAACACCUGAAGGAAGCAGAGCAGGUCUACAAGGCUGGCAUAGAGAACUGUCCAGAGAGCUCCGAUCUGCGUAACAACUAUGGCGUUUUCUUGGUUGAUAUUGGGGCUCCUGAGCAAGCCAUGUCUCACUACAAGCAGGCCAUCCGCCUAAGCCCUGCUCACCACGUGGCCAUGAUGAACCUGGGCAGACUUCACCGCUCCCUGGGGCAGAACAAGGAGGCUGAAGCAUGGUAUAAGAGGGCGCUGAAGGUGUCACGGAAGGCUGAGAUCCUGUCCCCGCUGGGGGCUCUGUAUUACAACACUGCACGCUAUGAAGAAGCCCUGCAGGUUUACAGAGAGGCAGCAGCCCUGCAGCCUUCCAACAGAGAGAUCCGACUGGCUCUGGCGCAGGUUUUAGCAGUGAUGGGGCGGACGAAGGAGGCUGAGCAGAUGACAAACCGUGUCCUCAGCAAGGAUCUGGAGUGUCUGGAGUGUUACCGCCUCCUGUCAGCCAUCUACAGCAAGGAGGAGCACUAUGCCAAGGCACUUGAAGCUACAGAGAAAGCUCUUCAGCUGAAACCAAAGGAUCCCAAAGUCAUAUCAGAGCUCUUUUUCACUAAAGGAAACCAGCUAAGAGAACAGAAUCUCCUUGACAAGGCUUUUGAGAGCUAUAAACGGGCUGUGGAGCUCAACCCAGACCAAGCACAGGCUUGGAUGAACAUGGGAGGCAUUGAACACAUCAAGGGGAGCUAUGUCACUGCCCGUGGCUACUAUGAGAAAGCUUUACAGCUGGUUCCAAACAGCAAGCUGCUGAAGGAGAAUCUGGCCAAACUGGAUCGCUUGGAGAAACGAUUUCAGGAAGUCCAGGAGAAAGACCAAACAUAGCAUUCAGUCACCAGUGGAAAGAAACCCAUGUCCCUUGGAGAAAAGCAUGGUGGAAGCCUAUUGCUCCAAGUGAUGUUGAAAGAACUUUGAUAGGACUUGACUACAGGAGGCAAUAUUUGAAUGCAUGCUUAUGUUUGACUGAAGUUACAGGAGAUACUCAGUGCCUGUAGCACAUGCUGGAGAAUGAAGGAAAACUUCUCUUUAAUCAAGAUUUAUGUUUAGGCUGAACCCAUUUUAAUCACACCAGAACUAUGGGUGGGACAUGUACCUUCAAUAUCUUGGUUAUCACUGGGGAAACCAUGGAAACAAAGCACUCAUCCAUUGUGGCAGGGCUGAAGUAGUACCUCCUGUUACCCAGCACGAGCUCACCUCAUUCACAUUAAGUACCACUGAUGGGCUUUGUUGAAGUGCUGACAGGUGCAUAUGAGCCAGGAAAUGGUCAUAUAAAAAGGUUUCAAGGGGUUAACGUUGAGGAAGUGGUGGCCACUUUUACAACUCUAAAUGUGACUUGGAAAUGAUUCUAAAGAAAGGGAAAAUAGUAUCUGAAUAUCACCCUGGAAGGAUAAUUCUACACGUAGAACAAAUGAUACCUUGCAGGAAAACCUAACCUGAAUGUUUUACUUGUAAGACAGCAGUAAUUCAGGGUCAGGCUUUACCCUUUGCCCUUUGCCUGCAGGCCAAAUAAUGACUACUCUGGAAAAAAAGAGAAAUAGAAAAGGGAAGCAUCGUAAGGCAAUGGAAAGCUCUGGGAUUGGGAAGCUCUGGGAUUGCUUGUCCCUCCUGUCCAGUCCCCAUAAGCAACCAAACAAUGGAUCUGGUCAAUAUAGGAGGCAAAGUAGAGCCACAGAGAGAUUAGGGAAGAUUCCUAGUUCGGAAAAGUACUAAGGAGGCUUUUGUGUGUGUGUGUGCAGGGCCAAAGCCCAUGUACCAUGGUGAUGACAAAACACUUUGUAAAGUGUUCUCAUGCCUUCCCCAGAAAGAUACAGAAAAUUAACUAUAGCUAAUCAGUUAUAAAUCUCUAUUUUUAAAUACUGAAGUGGGAAAACAAAUUCUCUUCAGAGUUGGGGCUUUUAUUUUUGAGCUUUAUUUAUUUAACUUAUAAUAAUAAUUUUUUAUAUUUUCUCUGUUUUAUACAAAUUGGGUGGUAUGCUUCGCAGCUGGCCAUUGGGCUGUGGCUGGGCAUUGUGACUUGUGGUAUCUGAAAUUAAAAAAACACAGUACCACCAAGGUGUGUUUUAGAAACUUCCCCAAUGUUGUUUCUAAAGGAGAUGGCUUCAGAGCACACUGGAACGUACUGGUCCCUGCAAAACCAGCACUGCUGCUGCCUACACCAGGGUUUGUACCAGUUCACAGAGGGUGCCGGUGCCAGCAUGCUCGGUGCCAUGGUUUAGACAUCAGAGUAGGUCAGCAGAUUGUUCCUCUUUGCAGUGGGAAGCUGCUGUGAGAGUUGUUCUAUGUGAGCUUGGUUGUGGACAGUCCCUGCCAGAGAGCGGCACAGGGUUUGCCAUUAUGAGCAAGGGACAGUUCAGAUGAGGAAUGUGAUGCCUUGAUAGCAUGGCAGGAAAAGCCUCUGUGGCAGUGACAUAUGUGUCACCUGGGUUAGUUGGUGCUGGCCAUGGCACCCCCAUGAGUAUGAUGGGACAGCCAUGCACUUAGUUUAAAAAGCUUGGUGUCUGGCUGCUACUAGUGAUCAAGUUACUGACAAAUUAUUGACAUGACUUCAGUCUCAUUUGGAGACCGGUGCAGAUGUCUGCCUUGCCAGGACUUGUGGACCUGCUAGAGCCAUGGCUGUGCAUCCACCAAGAAGAGAAUGGACCUGAGAGGCACUGCUCCCCACUGGCCACUGGCCAGUGCCUAUACCUGUGCAGAGGUUGGAGGGAAAGACCAUUGUGGGAAGAAGGUGGUGACACAGUUCUGAGCUUUCUCCCUUGGAACCGGCUCCCUAGGAGAGCGUCUAGGACCAAAAGAAGCAAGUCUUGUUGGUGAGGUUUCCAUUCUCCUCCCAGCCCAAGCAGCCCUACUGUGCAUCGAGCAGUUUUGCACAGGCUGGGCACUGCCAAGGUGGCUGGGAUGAGAUCAGGUGGUGCCAGCAGAGUCCCAUGGGGUGGGGAAAACAAAUCUUAAAAAGGCUUCUGAGAGCAGUCAGUUUCCCACCAUGCACUGCAAAGUUGUAGAUGGUUCAUUGCUAGGGUGUUCAGAGGUAUCUGGACCAUAAAGCUGUCUGCCUUUCUCCAAGGUGAGCCUGCCUUUGGGGCAGCUUCACCAGAGCCUCGUGUGCCCAGGCUGGCAGGCUGCCUGCAGCACCAUUGCAUGGAGGCAAGUUUUGUGGCUGGCAGAGCGGUGUUUGGUGUUGCCCCUGACAGCAGUGCCAUGCAAAGCCCCCUGCAGAGGAGGCAUCUGAAGAGUGUGGCUGAAGCAUGGGUGGGAGGAGAAACAUCUCAUUUAAAAAUAUGUAUCAGCUAUAAACUUUGCCUCAGAAAGAUAUAUUAAAUAAAUAUUAUACAUUCUACAAGCCCCACAGCUUUAAAUUGUGGCAAACAAAACAUUUUUUUUUUUUCAGAUACAGAAGUUGUAUUUUUUAUAGCAAUGCUUUGUGAGGGGGAAGACUUAGGUUUGUGUUUUUAGCUUUGGCUUAAAUCUUAGUUUGUCAUUCCUGAGAGACCUGGUAGAAAUUAUUGUCUCAUUCUCAUCCUACAAGCCUAUCAAAGCCAUCCUGACCACCUAAAACCAGGGAACACCUUAAAGUAUAGUAUAGCUUUGGUUUCCUCCCCUUCCAGGUCCUGGAGAAGGAUUAGCAUUUUUGCAAAACUGUCUUUCUUGCAGAAUAACCUAGAAAAAUUAGAUUAUCCUCCUGGUGAGGGAGGUGGUUUGGCUGGAAGCCAUGGAGUAUGUUCAGCCACUCUCUUGAAUUCAGCAGGUAACAUAUCCAUGGAGUUUAGCCUCAGUUGAACUGGAUAACAAUUGUAUGCUGAAGGGCUGAGUCUGCAUUUUGCAGCUGGGUUUAUUGUAGUAGUGGAGAGAGGAGGGCUCAGCAAGGAACCCUGUUUCCUGAGCUAGCACUUUCCCUAGCAAUGCAGUCCCCAGUAUGUUUGGGGAAUGGCUCAGACCAUAAGCUGCCAAAGCAGUUCAACCCUUGUGAAGUUUGAAGCUGACUCCAUGUCUCACUGGCAGCCGUGCUGAAACACUGUGUUUGUUCAGGGCAAUAAUCUUGUGAAAGGUUUAUUGCAGAUGAAGAGGAAAAAUGGAGCAUGAUAUGAAAUGAGUUACCUCCACCAAAAUGAAAUGCAGUGUAGAAGAUAAAUCGAGUGACUUACCGGCUGGUAAACUGGAUAUUAUCUUAAUUAAUCAUAGGAGAUGAUUAGAAUCCUCUAGCAUUGCACAGCUUCUAAAAUAAUGAGCUAUAAAUACAUUGUUUUCUGCCAACUCCAGCGCUCAGCAUGAUUACAAAUUAAUAAAUGACUGAAGUUCUGUUGGGCGUGGAGCAAGUGCACUCUCUCUGCAAGCUGCCUUGGCUAAACCUCACUGCUCUCAAGGACUAGAGUGGAACAUUAAAGGUGAGCUGGUUAGACAGGACUCCUGUGUACUCGCUAUUCAUUUUAAUUCUGAAUGGAAAACAUUGUUGUGUUGCUUUUCCCUUUCUCCAUGAAUAAUAUUUUCAGAUUAUUAAUUUUGGUUUAUUUCUUAAAGUCCAGCAGUCAUCACUUCCAUUCCUUUUCCAUCCUUCCAGGUAAAUCAGUGGGGGGCGUUUUCCCUCUCUCAUAGCCUCCUUGGAAUAGAUUUUCCUACAAGUGUGUAGGUAACUUGUUUUGGCCCAAAAGUAAGUGAAUGCAGCAGUGCAAAUGGCCUUAAUUCCAGAGCCCUGGAUGAGGACAGGGGUGUGUGGGCAUGAAUGCACAUGAAUGGAAGAAGUAUAAGUAAAAAGCAAAAAACAAAAUUAAAGAGCCUAACUUUCAGGGGAGGCUGUACACUCCUAAAACUAUCUAAAAGCUAUAAAAUCUUCUCAACAGUUAGAGAAACCAGGCCAACAGUUGGCAUGCAAUAUUUGGUCAAGGAAGGUGUUGUAAUUCCAAUGUUAAUAGUUGGACUAUUUAGAAUCCAGUUGUAUGAUCCUUGGCUCCAGUCUUCCACCAACUCAGUGAAGUGGUUGGGAUAUGUCUUCUCAACUUGUAUGUGAUUAAGUUGACCAAGUGCUCAAUUUCUAUGCAGAAUCUUUGGAAAUUAUUAGCCCUUAAAGAGCUUUUUCCCUCAACCUCGAGCUUCUUGCAGCAGUUUCAAGAUGCACCAUUUUGCUUUUGUGUACAUUUAAACCCGGCACCAAAAAAAAAAAAAAAAAAGGAAAAAAGGCACUUGGCACUCCCUGGUAUUUCCAUGUGGCACAGCUGCUUCAGGUAACCUCAGUGACUGUGUGGAAAAGUUGAUUGCCGUAUUUGUACUGACUUGCUGAAAACAUUUUCUUCUGGAAAAUACCCCCAGUGGUAUCCUCUGUAAAAGUUAUGGCUUCUACAACUGCACUACUGUAGAAAUCUCUGCCUGACGUGGAUGUCAUGCUGCAUGUUCCUCUCGUGCAGGAGUUGGUUUGCAUUGCAUUUGGUUGAUAUGGUUCUUAUCUCUGUUUAAUUUUUGUUUUUAAUUAGUUGUGCAUAUCUUUAAAGGAACAAAAAAAAAAAAAAAAGACAAUAAGAAAACAGCCCAUGGAUCUUACCAGUCACUUCACACUUUGCAGCAGCUGGAUGUAUGUCAGUGCUACAGGAAUUUGCUUUUUUCUCUGUGGGGUUUAGAUUUCACAUACAGGAGUUAUGCUCAAAGUCUUUGCAAGAGAAAAUGUAUGUCUAUUUUAUAUAAAAAGUAAGG